AUUCAUGCCUGGAACUUCAAAUAUUCAUACUAAAGACUUCAAAGACCCAUACCAAAGAUGUCAAAAUUAUAUAUCAGAGAUUCCAAACAAAUAUACUGCAAGAACUCCAAAGCAAAUAUAUCAAGAACUCCAAAACAACAACAUAUUAGAGACUUCAAAGAUUUAUACUUGCACCCUGAUAGAGCCCCAACCUGCUCUAUUACAUCUUAACUGGCUAUUAUUUUGUUAG